AUGGCAGAACCCAAGCAUUGGUGGAUCUUCCAUAAGAUCCAGUCAUCCAACCGAUGCUCGGCCCACGACCGCCUGGCCUGCGACCCCAACACCAAGUUCGCCGUCCCGGCCCACGGCAAGAACUGGAUAGCCCUCAUCCCCAAGGGCAACUGCACGGACAGGGAUAAGAUCCGGAACGCGUUCCUGCAGAACGCCUCCGCCGUGGUCAUCUUCAACGUGGGCUCCCACACCAACGAGACCAUCACCAUGUCCCACGCAGGCGUAGAAGACAUCGUGGCGAUAAUGAUUCCUGAGCCCAAAGGGAAGGAGAUCGUCAGCCUGCUGGAAAGAAACAUCACCGUGACGAUGUACAUCACCAUCGGUACCCGGAACUUGCAGAAAUACGUGAGCCGCACGUCGGUUGUGUUUGUCUCCAUCUCCUUCAUCGUCCUGAUGAUCAUUUCCCUCGCAUGGCUGGUCUUUUAUUAUAUCCAGAGGUUUCGAUAUGCAAAUGCCAGGGACAGGAACCAGCGCCGACUGGGGGAUGCAGCGAAGAAAGCAAUCAGCAAGCUCCAGGUCAGGACCAUCAAGAAGGGCGACAAGGAAACAGAGCCCGACUUUGACAACUGUGCAGUCUGUAUUGAAGGGUACAAGCCCAGCGACGUGGUCCGGAUCUUGCCCUGCCGGCAUCUUUUCCACAAGUCCUGUGUUGACCCCUGGCUCCUAGACCAUCGCACCUGCCCCAUGUGCAAGAUGAACAUUCUUAAAGCCCUAGGGAUCCCGCCCAACGCCGACUGCAUGGACGACUUGCCCACCGACUACGAGGGAUCGCUGGGAGGCCCACCAACCAACCAGAUCACAGGUGCAAGCGACACGACUGUAAAUGAAAGUUCAGUCACUUUGGACCCUGCUGUUCGGACUGUGGGAGCCUUGCAGGUGGUCCAGGAUACAGACCCCACCCCGCAGGAGGGAGAAGUUAUCUUUUCUACUAACAGUGAGCAGGAGCCAGCUGUCAGCAGUGACUCUGAUAUCUCGCUGAUUAUGGCGAUGGAGGUUGGACUAUCUGAUGUAGAACUUUCCACCGACCAGGACUGCGAAGAGGUGAAAUCGUGAAAUGGCGAACACAGAAGAAAGGGAUGGUAGGACCCAUGGGGAAGGGGGGGAGGCGUGCCCGAGACUUGGACCAGGCACACACACCUCCAGAACACCUCGGCAUCGGCAGGGCGCUCUGCUCAAGAACGGUCAUGAAAAGCAAUAUCCAAAGUCCAGCUGAUCAGGAUGCAGUUUCUCCGUCUCUACAACAGCCUGCGGCCUUGGCAGCUUGGAAGCGGAAAGCUGGUGUUCCCUCCAGGGCCCUUGCAGACACUGAGGCCCCUAACAGACUGAAAGGACACUUUCGGGGCUUCUCGGUGUUCAUUUCAGUUUCCCCCAGUGUUGUUUUCUUGUUUGGGAAUUGUUGUUUGAUUUCCUUGGCAGUUUAUUUUUAAAGACCGUGUAUAGUUCCCUGUAGGUCCACUUCUUUGUUUUUCCUUCAAUCCACUCCAGCUUUUGCAUGGAGCUGUGUUUCGAAGCACCCAUCCCUGCUGUGAUCAGUCCAUGUCAGUCUCUGAGACUAAGGACUUUGACCUCUCAGCAUGAGUGUGCACGGCUUUGGGAAGGGCCUGGGCACCUGAAACAGGCGAAGGCCAGCUCUCAUUAGGAAUCUAAAUUCUUUUCAAUGGAUCUUAACACUCCCAGCUGCCAGAGACCCCAACACGGAGCUCUGAAUGUGCUGAGGCCGCUGCUCAUUCUGCUCAGCAACAUCACACUGGCUCCCGCCUGCCAGGCUCCGUGAAGGGCCAUGUGACAUGAGAAGGAAGCUGUAGGGAGGCAGUUUAAUUUGUCUGGAUCUUACAGGGUGUGGCUGAAAUUCUGAGCUCAGAAGUCCCCUCCAGGCUUUAAAGGCCACUCUCAUUGGCUGUAGGACUCUUAGCUGGAACUACGGGGCUAGUUUAAAAACCAGCUACCACCCAUUCUUCCUGAAAGCAAACUGCCUGUUGUGCUGGCUCCCCCAAGGCUAGGACAGGCUUUGUUACCUCACUGGCUUCUGCAGGAGAUGGAGGCUUUAGGAACGUCAGCUUUGAACCUGGUGUCCACCACCAUGGGGGUCUCACCUUCAUUCCAACACAUCUGUUACACCUCCCCAGCUCGAGGGUUGUAGGUGAAUCCUUUACAGAUUGUUUCCCAGGUCUCCCUGAGGGUGUCCAGACACCAAGUGAGGAGGGAGGGAGGAGUCGAUGAACCAUCUGGUCUAAAAAGUCCACCACGGGAGUUGGCUAAGUCCAAGUUUCUCCUGACUGAGAGAGACAGAGAAAGAAAAGGAGGCAUCUGUAUUUUGAAACGGUUAUGUUUGUAUCUUUUUUUGUAACUGUGACAGAAAUGUGCUAUUUUUUUCUGUGGGCAAUUUUGUAAUCCAUGUAGACUCUCCCCACGCAGAUGACUAAGGUGGUGAGCCGUCUCCCUGGACAGCCAUGGUCACCUUGUCCUCUGCAGGAGGCUGACCGGGACAGGAAGCUGCACUCCCUGAGUUCUCUGUGCAUCGAGGAGGCUUUUCCCUCUCCUCACACUAGCACUCACCCAAAAACAGAGUUUGGCUCUGCCGUGCGGCCUUGCUACCUGCUGAAGCGUAGGGUGUAGGUCAAGGAACACUGCGGGGUGCUCUUUGCCACCACCUUUGACCUUUCCUACUUGAUGCUUUCUACUUAGGUAGCAAGGCUAAGGGAAACGAUUGCCACCUUCAGAGAUAACCCAUCUGUCUGGGAGUCCAGCCCCUCCUGUACUGAAAUCCAGGGAGAAAUGAGGACGGCACUGAGGCAGGAGGCGGGAGGCCCAGGUGAGCCGCGUGCUUGCUGGGCCUCAACCUCUUCCUCUGUAAAGUGGAGGAAUUGAACAAGGUGGUGCCCAAGGCUCCUGUGGCCGUAGGACCACCAGUGAGCAGCUGGCCAGGGGAUCUAUUUAUUGCAGGUAGCGAUGGCAGGUAGCCCACUUUCCACCUUGGAGAGGCAGAGGUGCUGGGCGUGUAACAUAGAGGAACAGCUUUGGGGAUUUGGCGCUCCUGGGUUGCUAAGAAUGAACAUCUCAGUGAUUGAAGUUUCCAGCCAAAGGAGGAGUUGUUUGGUUUCACCUUGUUCUCAAUCUGCCGUUAGUCACAGAGUUUGCCUUCUCUGGACCCCUCAAAGCCUGGUUCUCAGUGUGCAGUUCUUCAUCUCCAGGUGUUUCCUUUCUCAGUCAGAAAGGGCCUGCAAUACCUACUCCUCCUGUCAGCUUGGCCCCAAACAAACUUCAGUGAUAACUUUAGUCAAGUGGACUUAAAAGGGCAAUUGAACAGAAGACUGCAUUGUAUUGCUUACCCAGAGAGAAAAUGCCUGUGGAGUGCAUGGUCCUCUGACCAUGGUUCUCUCUUCCUGCCAUGACCAGGUGCAGAGGAAUCGAUUGCAUGUGGCUGCGGCAACCCCUAGAGGGCGCUGUGUAGAUGCUGAGGGCCAGGAGGCUCCCUGGAGGCCUUGUGGGCCUGACCCCAUGGAGGCUCUGCCGCAAACCCCCUGAGUCUGUGAGGUUCUCCAGUUACCAAAGGUCUGUCUCUGGAGACUCCUCCUGUAGUUUUUUAAACAAUUUUUUUAACCAGCAUAGAAGGAUGCAGAAGAAAUGGAAACAGCCCUUCCCCCACAGUGUUUCUCACCACCUCCCACCAAAGACCUGGGGAUUCCAUGGUUCAUGGAGGGUGUCAAAAGGUUGGAGAACCCUCUGCAAGUAUAUGCAAAUUGCGUAUUUGCUGAUUUGCAUUUUUUCUGUCGUACGUGUCUAGACCAGCACCGUCCAAUAGAAAUGUAAUGCCAGUCACACGAGUGAUUUUAAGUUUUCUACUGGCCACGUUAGAAAAAGUAAACACGUAAUAAUAAUUUAAUAAUAUAUUUUUUGAAUCCAAUAUUAUUGUCUCAACAUGCAAUUCGUGUAAAAAGAAUUCAUGAAACACCUUACCUUCUUGUCCAUACUUAGUCCUCUAAAGCCGUUGCAUAGUUUACACUCAUGGCGCAUCUCAAUUUGGAUGAGCUACCGAUUGGACAGCACAGGUCUCCGGCUUCCACAAUAAUCUCAUAAGGUUCCCCAACCCUUACAAAGAAAAAAGGUGAAAACCUAAUUACCUCCUAAGAGAACUAGACUCCACCCAAGUUGCCUGAUCAGAGGCCCCGAGAUCCGUUUGUUUUGUAAUGGAUAAAUGUUCAGGCCGCCCUUUCUGAAAUACCUGCUGGGACUUUCUCACCACACCACUGAUGUCCAUUACCAUUUGCUGUGAUUUCUCUGACCAGUUGUUUUGUAGGAAGUCACACAAGCCAUGUUGAUUUGGUGCUGAAACAAAAGGAUAUCCCUCACUCACUUCCAUGGCAAGCCCUUAGACUUGAGCCAAAGAGAAUCCCAGACUGGAGUCAUCCAACUUGACCUCAACCCCUAGCUGUCCUUCUUCCUCUAGGAGUUGCUACCUCCUGUUGGCUGGUCCCUUUGGGAGGAACUUAGCCCGGAUCCUGAAGACAGCACCUGCAUGUUGAUGGAGUCUCCAGGGCUUGUCACCCCUGAAAUGUCAACUGCACCAUCUAGGCAGGGCGAGGGGAGAGUUUGAGAUGGUAGAAAGUUACUAAUGGCAAAGGCACCUACCUAUUCUGACAUCACAUAGUGAGCAUCAUACCCACGGAGGCAAGUCUCCAUCCAAAGAGGUUUGUUUAUUUUGUCUUGUUUUCAGCAUUUCCCUCAUUCUGGUGGAAAUGUCUCUGGACAUUCUUGGCUCUGGGUUUGGUCGUAUGGAAAUCCAUGGUGCCCGUGGCUAUUUCCAUUAGUGUCCUGACCUCCUUGCAGCCGCCAUGCUUUCAGGACCGAAAAUGCUGACAGGGAGCCUAGCAUAGGAUUCUUCCUCAUUUGUUUAGUUUUCUUUAGGUGAAACUUCUCGCAGAGCAUGCAGAAUAAAUGGCAUUUAAUCUUGACUGCACACAAAGAAUUCCCAUGAAAUCAAACUCUUUCAGAAAAUCUGGGAUGUAGAGUCACAUCCUCUAUGGAGCGAGGACCCAGCUUUCUGGUCCCAGGGUCCCAGAGGCAAUGUCCGGUAGCAUGUGUUAUGUGCUCUGACUUGGAGUUCUUUCCCUUUUCUGUCUCUGUGUCCAGCUUUCUCUGACUACCUGUCUGUCUCUGUGUACGCACACCUACACACAUUCUUCUCUCCUCUUUCAGAAAAAACCUUGGUGGCUCCAGACCUAUAGAGUCUCUAAUGUGAUUACCAUCCUUAGUGUUGGUGUUUUCUUCUUAUUCAUGACAACAUCUAUAGCUGCACUGCAGACGAUAAUACCCAGUUUACUCUAAAGGCAAAUUAACUUCCUCCUUAAAGGAGCUAGCCCCAUUUUCACUUUCAUGUCUAAUUUUAUCACAGACCAUCUAUAGCUAUUGCCUUUUUCUCCCAGGCCUCCUUGCUAGAAAAGUCUCCCAGGCAAGUAAUGGCAAGGAAACAACUCCAGAAUGCUGUCUAGGUUUAGUAUCUCCCACCUCCAGCAUCUGUGACCUUCCUGGCUCAGCCCAGGCCCCAGGGGCUAGGGUUUCUUAGAAAACUGUGUGGGCCGUACCGUAUCCGAUGGCCACUCUGCUUCCUAACAUUGUAGCACAAGAGCUUGCUCUUUGUAAGUGAUCUGAGAGGCCACCUCUUCCUUAAGACUGAAAAAGAGACACAAAGAAACCAGCUUCCUAACGGGAGGGACAUGGGGUUCCUUGGGCACUGCUCUGUGUCCCAGAAGUCCCUCAUCCAUGCCAUUGCAGGGCCAGGACAGAGAGUGCAUCUGGUGAUGGCAGGCCAAGGUGGUGUGGAUACCACCCGCAGGGAGUGGGAGCAGAGGGUGGCAGGAUAUGAAUAGGGGCAUUCUUCCCAAUAAAUGCUCAUCUCCUGGGUUUAGAGCCAACCUGGUUCGUGUGUGUGUGUGUGUGUGUGUGUGUGUGUGUGUGUGUGAAGGAGUUAAACACUCAUGAUUGCAGAGGUUUGGAUUACCUAAAAACUAAAUUAAUUCUGAGAAGUAGGUAUGAGUUUCUCAUCACUUACCUCUUCCCUUUUCCCACUUUGCUCCCCAUCUCACAACUCCAGGCCCUUUGUAAUAGAAAUGAUCAUUUGUGAAGACCCUUAGAUCAGUAGCCACACUUUUCCAUGUUGAGUCUUCUGACAGCACUGAAGUGUCCCCCCAAAACUAAAGAAGUGAUUCCAUGUCCCAGAUGUGGACCUUUCACUAUCGAUCCCCUGAGCUGCACAACCAGCUUGUUCUGCAAAGAACCUGCUGAUGUCGUUCACGUCUCUGCUUUCCUCCCUCUGAGCUAUGCCUGCUCCAGUGCUUCAUCCGUGGCUUUCUGCAGGAAUCUCAGUGAUCAAAGGCCUUCUCAUCCUUGUCACUAUUGACGUUUGCACUUACUACAGAGUCCUUCGCUCUGUGGCCACCCGAUCAAUGUUUGUUGAUGAUAUGAUAAGGCAAGUAAUUGCAUUUCUCAAAAGGCUGCAAGUCUAAACAGAGCACAGGAGAAGGAUCUGCGGAGAAGGUAGCUCAACCUGAGUUACCCAUAGUCACUGCCUGUUCUUGUCAUCCUGAAGGAAGCGGAGGGCUUAGAGAAGCAGGGAAAAUGUGGGGACCAUGUGUGCUCUGUAAACCAAAGAUGGCUCACCAUCCAAAUGGACACAUGCUUCUUCCAUUGAUCAGUUGCAUUGUCUCCUAAUGUUCUCAUGAAGAAAAGGGAAGGUGUGUUGCCUCGUCAAUCAAAGGAAACCGUGAAAUCUUCAGGGGGUUUCUUUUGCACGCUGGCAAUUGACCUUGACCUUUCUAAAUCCGGAAACAUAAAAACAAUGUCUUGUGGCCUUAGUACCACAACAUCUUUAAAGUCUAGUGGUUAGUUCCCCUUUCCCUCAGAAGUUUUAGAGAAACCGAGUGCUUUAUUCAACUCAGAAUAUUGUUCUCUUGAAGAAUGUGAUGAUUUUACAUAGCCAAAGAAUUUUCAUGUACAAGAGCUAGUUAAUUAGUAUCCCACUCUUAUGAAGAAAAUACCAAACGAUUGCGGUUAAAGAAGGAUGAUUAACAGGAACUCUGCUGUCUGCGUUUGUGUUGGUAUCUAUGGCACUUACUGUUCAGUGGGAUGUUAUUGUGAGGGGGCAGAGCGCCCUCUGCUGCAAAAUCACCAUUCUUUCAGCCGGUUGAUUUGACUAGAGUCAUCAUUUCAUCAACACCUAGUUGUUUGCCUUUUAUUAUCCAAUUCCCUCAGUAGUUGAGAAUUUGGUUUAUCAAAAGAGAAAGGACUGUCACAAACCCUGAAAGGUUGAAAGCCAACCCCACUGAAGACCUCACUGUCAGUAGCCCUUCCUUCUGCAAAAUGUUGACAAGUACUGGGCUCUGUUUGUAACAAGAGGCCUCUGGCUGGAAUGUUGGUGCAGUUAUAAGGCAACGGCCUGAUGGUUCUGUAACUUAACUUGAUUCUUGUCCAAUUGCAAAGGAAGCUCAAUAAACAGACUUCUUUCAUAUGAAUGUAGAUGGUAUGAAAUAUGUGUUUUUGUAUGUGUACAUAAUAAUAUAUUGACUUCCUGCUUUCACAUUAGUAAUCUGAAAUGGUUGUACCAUUUUAUAAUUAGAAAGAAAUGUAGGGGUGGGGGAAGGUGGAAGGGCUAUUUUUAUAGUGGGAUGUUCCUUAUAUUUAGAAAACUUGAAGUAAUUUUGUAUUUGUGAAAAGUUACAUUCCAUUCAAUUCCUGAAAAAAAAUAAUAAUAAUGGGUCUUGUUCUUUAAAGUAUUCAUGAGCUGAGAGAAUGAUGAUCCUCGUUUCCAGGGGAGCCUUCCAAGAAACUUGUAUAUGACACCCAAUUCUGUAGACUGCAGACCAUGACCUGCAAUUGCCAGUUCAAUGUGAAAAGGGAAAAAAAAAAACUUAUUUUAACCCCUCUGUAUAUAGCACAUUAUUCCCACCGAAAAA